AUGGUAAGUCAGUGUCCGCAAUGGCUACAGUAAUCCUAGUGCCCCGAUAGCAAAAAGUGGAAGAGCCCGCUAUUGUAGAUCUCUCAAUUUUCAGGUAGUCUGGCCGGUACUUGACCGCAAUACAACCCGUUCGACAGUGGUCAAACCGCGCAAUUGGUCCGAGAAGAAUCUGGGACAGUGGUGCCGAAAUUUCACAGUUAAUCAGUGAGUGUAGGGCAUUUUGAAAGCUUUUUAUGUGGUUUCAAAACGUCUAAAAUUUCAGGCACACCCAAUGCCCACAAGCUUCGGCGUUUCAUCAGUUCGACUGUUGCGGUCCGCACGAGACCGAUUGUUGUUUCGCCAUUCAGGGAUGGGUUAGUGAGGUUAUAAGUCGAGGCCCAGAAAUCUCAGAAAACGUUCCAUUCCACUCAAAUGUUCUCUUCUUUCCAGGUGAUCGUAAUCCUGACCAUACUCGGCUGCUGUUCGACCAUAAUCCUCGUCUUUUCGGCGCUCCUGAAGCUCAAUCUGAUCUGCCCGGUUGCUUACAGGUCUCCAGCGAAACCGGCCGCCUAUACAGGCAUCCAGGAUCCAGAAUAG